CAUUCACCAUUCGCCAUUCGCCAUUCAUCCUUCGACGAUAUACUUGAACUAACUUCCUACACGCCUCUACAUUCUCUUCAUUUUCGGAACCCUCAACUUUCUACUUUUAUCUCAGUACAAUUAGAUUCUAGUUUCAAAUAAGAUAUACCGAACCCGACCGGUAAUUGACCGGAUUGACGGAUAGAACCAUGACGUCCCUCGCGGCGGGGAUAGUCGAUCCCACGAAAGCCGGCAAAUAUCCCGUCGUUUUGAGCGAUGCUCUACUGGGUAAAGACUCAAAGGAGAUUCUUACUGGCGUAAGAUAUAAUCAUAAGCCGUCUUUGUCAUCACCCACAGCGCCCUCCCAAGCACGAAUAAAACAGACAUCUUCGUCCUCCAAGAAGAGUGCCCCUUCGUAUGACCUCUCGUUCCAGGAUGACGGCGGUCGCUACCAGUAUAAAGGAACCCGGGGUGUCGAGGAUAGCAAAUAUGUGUUGAUCUUCGACGCCGCGCGCGAAGUCUUUGUUCUCCAUAAGGUAGACUCUAUGUUCAAUAUGAACCUGGUACAAACGCCAUCUAGCGAUGCCGAGAGCCUACGACGAGAAUUCCCCCAGCUUGAGGGUCAUAGCAGUAGUAGCAGUGCUAAGGCCACAGGCCCGACGAAUGGUAGCAAAAAGUCCACGAAAGCGAGCAACGAAGAGAAAAAGACAACAUCUAAACCGCGAAAACAACCGCCGAAAGCGAAGAAAGCUGAGGAGAAGCCAGCUUUGGCCAUGCCCGAGAAGAAACCGCCCCCGAAACCUAUAGCCGCCACCAAACCAAGUAAAGCCUCGGCAGACGAGGAAGAGGAAAGCUCAGACGACGAUCUUGGCCUCACUAUCGAGAACCCGGGUGGUCAGGCACGAGACACGAGACAAAACUUCUCACCCGGCAACAUAUUUGGCAUCCGGUCAUUUAACGAUUUCGAGCGAGAAGAGGAGGGAGAGAAUGACGAUGCCGAUGGCGAAGAUGACGACGAUGAUAACAUGGAGCACUUUACGCUACCUAGCCCGAUCAACCGCCAGAUGCAGGAGACCAGUUCUUUCCGACAGAAGCCACAAUUCAACGGGGAUGAAGAGGAAGAGGAGGAUGAAGAAAUGGAAGACGUGGGACAACAGUCUAUCGAUGCCGACGAGACCGCUCUGGACGAUGAGAUGGAUCUUGAAGCUGCUUUGAUGGCCGAACUAGGCGAAGUUGAUAAUGCACAGGAAAGCGAUGUUAGCGAAGAGGAGUAACUACGAAGAAAGCCACUGUCGUUCGUUUGGGCCUGCAGCGUUGUCUCAUUUCGGAGGGAUUUUUAUGAAUACGGCGUCUGGUGCCCUGGAUACCAUAUUGUGCAUUUAUGACUUGAUCAACUAGGAAUGGGUUACAUACAUCACGGGCAAAACUUAUGGAAAACGGAGAUUUUAUUAGAUUUCUUUUAUUGAACGAAUUAGUAUCUAAGCCUGAUAUCCGUGGCUACUGACAGUGACCUUAGAUGCUCGAGAAGGCGCUUCUCCUCGCUUGCGUGGAUAGAAAUAUGGCAAUAUCACAGGAGGAAUCAAUUAUUUCCAUCGAU